AUGCUACUAUGCUAUUGCUGAGAGUGUACUUAGGGUUAGGGUAACAGUCUAAGAGGGUUCUUUGUUUGUUACAUUCAUUUUCAUUCUCUUUUCUUCGUUCAAUCAGUUAUGAUGGAUGGAAGAAAAGGAGAAUACGAACCAGAAGGAGGGGAGUGGGAACUCCUUCACCACCAAAACGACGUCGAAGAGGAAGACCCUUUGGUCUUUCAUGGGCCCCCACUGGGCUCUCUAAGGCCCGAUCACUUCUCCCUCAACCCUCCCAUCCACAACCCCAAUUCAAGCACUUGCAGUUCCAAUUCCUCUUCCGAACUCGAUCGCAACUUCGACGAUUCCUAUGUCGCCAACCACCUCUUUCCCUCCCCCAACCCCGACCACCCUCUCUGGAACGAUUCCGAUUCCGACGCCUCCACCGCUGUUCUCGCGCCGGAGCCCCAAAGCCACCUCGUUCCUCUCGAUUCAGGUAAGGAAGAAGAAGAAGAAGAACCGAAGAAAAUCGUCUGGUGGAAGGUCCCGUUUGAGGUGUUGAAGCAUUGGCUCAAUCCUCUUCCUCUUCCUCUUCCUCUCUGGUCUCUCUCCGUGGCUGCUGCUGCUGCGUUUUUGGGAUUGAUGUUGCUGGGAAGGAAACUGUACAGAAUGAAGCGCAAGACUCAAUCCUCCUUCAACCUUAACCUCGCUCUCGAUGAUAAGAAGGUAUCUCAGCUCAUGGGUCGCGUUGCACGUCUUAAUGAAGCAUUUUCAGUUGUGAGACGUGUUCCCAUAGUGCGACCAUCUCUGCCAGCUUCAAGUGUGACUCUGAGGCCUGUGAUGAGUAUGAGAUGAAGGAUUUUAUAUAUUACUUGAUUGAAAGUAGUGUGAAAUGCAAUAAUGGCUGUAAUAAUAUAAAAAUCCUUUUGUAUGAUUACGUGUAUCUAUUAUGUGUGUGGGAGUUGAAUUUUAUGAAGCUUUUCAGUAGCUUCUUGUAUAUGAAUGACAUCGUAUCAUAUUGUUAAUUUCUCUCUUGCAAAUAUGUUUCUGCUGUGAAAUUCACUUUUUAUUUUGGGGGAACACUGCAAACAGAAAAACAACACGGAGCUUGGAAUGUGUGAUGUAUUUAGUUAUCGUUGUUAACUAGAAAAUUGCCGAAAGUAAUACUGUAAUAGAUUAAAACAAUAAUUAGGAUUUAGAUUUUGUGAUGAAAUUUACGAUAUUCUAGAUUGGGAAUGUA